UCGAGUGUGUUUUCUUUUGGCGCGGUCAGUUUGAAAUUAUGGCGAGAGAUAUCUGCAGCUCACCGCUGUCGUCUGCGGACGAGGCCGACGACGCGGCCUCCAGUGGUUUCCUGGAGCCGUCUCCAUCGCCUGUAGCACCGCGUGAUAAUGUCCGAGUGACUGGGGGCAAGUGGAAGCCCAAGGCGAAGAGGACGGGCCUGCCGAAUAAAAAACAGAAGCCUAUACUGGAGUGGAAGAGCUCUAAGGAGCUAAUACACGACGCACCUCAGGAAUUCGUCGAGUAUCUGACCGACCAACUGAGUAUCAUGCAACAGACCAAGUUCGAGACAGAAUUUGGCGGCGGGCAAGGCUACAUAGUGAAGCUUCCUGGGUCAAGUUGGAAGACUAAACGCAAACGCGACGAGCUGGAGAGCUGGAUCCGAGCGCUGGGUUUCACAUCUGGCGCUACAUUGAAACGCAAUGUGCUACGCAUUGCCAGCCUCAAAGUAGACGUCAUUUUGAGCGAACUAAAGCUGAGGAUGCCUUCGAUUGAGUAUGUACCACAGAUCAGUAGAAGUGUAGUGCUGCGCUAAUGUGUGUGCUGUCAUGUGGAUAGAGGUGGUGCUAACGCGGAAGACGCAGACAUGGAACCUGAGCCAAUUGACGACAGUGUACGCGGAAAUGACGAGAAAGAACAGGGUGGAGACUACGAGACGGAUCCAGCGCUGAUCCGGCUGAAAAAGUACUUCAAGAAAUUAGAAUCGCAGAAGCUGGAGGUGGUCUCGUUCACGGAGAACCACCGGUUGUUGUCGUCGACACAGCAUACGGCGAUCGCUAAUGCCAUGGAGGACGUGUUGGCGCAGCCUUCGGUCCGUAGAGACCGUCGUCUUGCGAGGCGCAUGACGAAGCUGGGGCGAGUGUCAGGUCACCGACUGUCUUCUAUUGGUCUUGUAUCUUCAUCAUUCCUGCCGCUUGUGGAAGACGAUUGGGUGUGGGAUCGAGAGAGUGAAAUGUCGUUAUCACCAGUCAAGCGACGUAUUUCGCACGAAGAUAUCUCCUCAGCAGAGAGGAAGAACGUACUGGGACAAAAUGUGCUACACCUUGUGCUUUACUCUGGAUUGGUAGAUGUGACGGCAUCGAAGGAAGUGCUCCGUAAGGUCUCUACGAUGUGGGAAAAGAUCGCUGUCAUGGCGUAUGCUUGGAGUAUCACAGACUACUCCAAAAAAGCCAACUUGUACGCGUCGGCACAACUCUACAGUCGUCACCCGUGUGGUCAUUAUUUAUCGGAUGGUGCUCUCAAGGAGGUGUUCAAAGUCUUUUCAUCGGAGCAGAAGCGACUCGAAGCUGUUAGCGUGAUGGAUAUCGGCGACAUCAGCAAUCAGGAUGCUGUUCGCCUAGAGGUGGCACAUUCGGUACUGUUGUCCGACGCGUGUGAGCACGGCAUUUGCCCAAAUUUCCUCCGGGUUUAUGAAGUUUUCCUGGCACACGAGCGACCUCAUCCUGCUCGCUGGGGUAGCAAAACGCAUCGCAAACCAGUGGAGUUGUUAACGAGCGGAAAUGCCAAUCUUGAUGGACCUGAGAGUCCACAGAAACAAACACAAACACCAUUAAGUGAUGACUGCGAAAGACUGUUCCAGUACAUGCGGAUGGAAUUCUGCGACGGCGGUGAUCUUGAAGACUUUAUCAGCCUGCAGGAGAACAAGGCGCUUCCUCUGGAGUCUGUCGCCGUGCCGUUUUUCUUCCAAAUGGUGUUUAGUCUAUACUGUGCGCGCGAGAAGUUCAACCUGCGCCAUUAUGAUAUCAAGCUUCUUAACUUCUUCCUGAAGGAUAUUGGUCGUUCCAACCUCACCAAGGCCCCAGGACGUGAUGCUGUACUGCACUACAUGCUGGAAAACGCGUGCUUUGUUCUCCAAAUGCCUGCAUCCUUCUCGUACUGGGUGAAGCUAGCGGAUUAUGGCGCGGCUGACUCCAGCCCGGAGAAUCUAGGGAAACCCGUCACGAUCGACCAUUUCGCUACUCUGGAGAACGCACCCAUUGAAUUCCUGUUGGAAGGAGAUGCAGCCGAGCAGUCCUACGCUGCAGACACGUUUUCGUUGGGUCUCUGCUUGCUGCAUUUGUUUACUGGAAGCGCUCCAUACGAAGAAAUUCUGGAAGCCGCGAAGUGCCCCGCAGAACUACUGAAAGACUUGAAGACCCUGUGGAUGAAUCCACGAAAGAACUCGAAAUUCUCAGUGAUUAAGAAGGUGGCGCACGGUGACGAUGAGAACACGCUCUAUCACGCUUUGUAUCGCUUUAUCGUACUCUUCGGAUUACCGGCGGAAAAUCCGAGCGAAAGCAAAGGAAUCGACAAGGUGUGGAAGCUAAUGAUAAAGCAUUUACGACCAGAGGACUCGGCAACCAAGCGUCCCCAACGGAAGUGCAAGCUAACAGCCAGUGCGACGAAAGCUCAAUUGCAUUCAAAGACCGCAAAGGAACAGUUCGAUCAUGAUCAGGCAUUGUAUUCGAUUGCAAGUGGCUCCGACGAUAUUAUUUAUCGUUGCCGUGAAGGAUUGAUGACAAUUCCGGGGGCGAUGGGCCUGCUGAAACAGUUAGUGGACUUCAACCCUUCCAAGCGCCCCACACUCAAGCAAGUGAUGUACCACCCGAUGUUUUCCAGCCUUCGCUCGCCUUCAAAACAGAAACAAAUACCUGCAGAUUUUGUGAUUAGCUACUACAAAAGCCAAACCCAAGGUGGUCGAACGGUUUUGGACGUGUAGAACUCGGUUCUCUUGAAGCACCGUUGGAAUGUCACAAAGCGUAAAUAUGCGUCCGAUUCAUUUACAUCUCUAUUUUAUCUAACAAGAUCUAAACAACCUCAAAACACUUUCGAAGUCGUCAGAAAUCCAAGAGUUCCUAUCAGAAACAUUUUGUCGUCUACCAGCCUUAGAGAAUCAUCAAUGAAUACUUAAGUAUCUCUUGAUAGACC